AAGAAGAUAACCUAAUAAAAAAAAAAAGAAAUUAAGAGAGAACAAAACAAAAUAAAAAAAAAACAAAGCCAACUAAGAGAAAAAGGGAUAAAAGAGAACAAAAUCUAAAGAAUAGGAACGGAAAGGAGAAAUGCAGACACGUAAUUCAAUUCAAAAGAACUGAAGCCCUAAUUGGAAGGACUCAAAUUGUUUCUGCCGUCUGGGUAGUAGUAUAAUUAAUUGUCAUGGGGGCGAAUUUGGGUAAAUAUUUUGCUUUUGAUGGGUAUUUUGUAUUGUUUUCCCAAAAAUCUUCUCUACCAACUAUCAACUGCCCAACGUCCAAAAAUAAAAACAAAUAAACCAAGCUGCGGAUUUUCCAAAGCUGCAAACAACACUUCCCCCUUUUGACAUACCAAUUUUACCUUCUCAAACACUUAAUAAGGUUUCUGUUUCUUUCCAACAUUCUCGGAGUUGGUUGUGGAAAUCACCAAAUUCACCCAUUUCACUUUUAUACACACUAAACUAACAGAGAGCUGGAUGGUUGAUUGAUGCAAUUUCUCCAAAUCUAAUUCAAGAAUUGGAGGUAACUGUAACUUUUAACUCAUUUCUUGAAACACCUUUUAUCCUUUUGGUGCUCAAUAAUCCUGAAAAUGGACAUAUCAUUGCCUCUGGAUCAGCUACGAAACAGCUAUAAAUAUGCAGCUUUCUUGACAGACCCAGAAGAAAGACUUUUCCUUUCUGGUCAUUGCUUUUUAUUCACCAAGAAAAGGUACAAAAAUGCCUUCUUUAAGAUCAAAAGUUCCAUUUCUGAACAUGGGUUUAUAAAACCAAGACCCAUGAUGAGACCUUUAAAGAAGGAGGAAAAUAUAAGUGAAGAACCCAUUUUGGAAGUUACUCAAAUUGGGGAUCCAAGUUCAGGGAUUAGUGCUCAAAUAGAGAAGUUAGUUUUUCAUAAGAGGUAUCUCGAGGCGCUUGAUUUUUUCGAGUUGUUAGAAUGUGAAGGUGAAUGUCAGUUAGAUAGUAGUACUUAUGAUGCUUUGAUAACUGCGUGUAUCGGGUUAAGGUCGAUUAGAGGGGUUAAACGGGUGCAUAAUCAUAUGGUUAGUUCUGGAUUGGUGUUAGAUCAGUAUUUAUGGAAUAGGGUGUUGUCGAUGCACGUGAAAUGUAAGAUGAUGUUAGAUGCACGUGUGGUUUUUGAUGACAUGCCUGAAAGGAACUCGGUUUCUUGGAAUACAAUGAUUGGAGGGCUAGUGGAUUUGGGGGAUUUUGUAGAGGCGUUUAGGUUGUUUUUCAUGAUGUGGGAAGAGAAUUCUGCUGCUGAUUCUCGGAUAUUUGCGACGAUGAUUCGAGCAUCGUCUGGAUUGGAAGUUAUUUCUUUGGGGCAGCAAUUGCAUUGUUGUGCUUUGAAAAUGGGGGAAGGCGAUAAUCGUUUUAUUUCAUGUGGUUUAAUUGAUAUGUACAGCAAGUGCGGUAGCAUUGAGGACGCGCAGUUUGUUUUUGAUAAGAUGCCAGAGAAGACCACAGUAGGGUGGAAUACGAUUAUUGCCGGGUACGCUCUCCAUGGGCAUAGUGAGGAGGCUUUACGUAUGUAUUAUGAGAUGAGAAAUGCUGGUGUCAAGAUGGAUCACUUCACAUUUUCAAUCAUUAUCAGAGUUUGCACGAGAUUAGCUUCACUAGAGCAUGCUAAACAAGCUCAUGCUGGGCUAGUUCGACAUGGAUUUGGAUUAGAUAUAGUUGCCAACACAGCACUAGUGGAUUUCUAUAUCAAAUGGGGAAGGAUAGAAGAUGCUCGUAAUGUUUUCGAGGGGAUGCCCCAAAAGAAUGUUAUUUCUUGGAAUGCCUUAAUUGGUGGAUAUGGUAAUCAUGGCCGAGGGAUUGAGGCUGUCGAACUAUUUGAGCGAAUGGUUCGCGAAGGAAUGAUGCCCAAUCAUGUUACUUUUUUGGCUGUUUUAUCUGCAUGUCGCUAUUCAGGUUUAUCAGAUUAUGGGUGGGAAAUAUUUGAAUCAAUGCAUAGAGAAUACAAGGUGAAGCCUAGAGCAAUGCACUAUGCAUGUAUGAUUGAAUUGUUGGGUAGAGAAGGGCUUUUAGAUGAAGCUUUUGCAUUAAUCAGAGAUGCUCCUUUUAGGCCUACUAUAAAUAUGUGGGCGGCCUUACUGACAGCCUGUAGAGUCCACAAGAAUUUUGAGCUGGGGAAAUUUGCAGCUGAGAAACUUUACGGGAUGGAACCAGAAAAACUCAGCAAUUACGUGAUGCUUUUGAAUAUCUAUAACAGCUCAGACAAGCAAGAUGAAGCUGCUGCAGUCGUUCAAACAUUGAAGAGAAAAGGACUCAGAAUAAAGCCUGCAUGCACAUGGAUAGAAAUAAAGAAGCAGCCACAUGUUUUCCUGUCCGGAGAUAAGUGCCAUGGGCAGACCAAAGAGAUAUAUCAAAAAGUGGAUGAGCUUAUGCUGGAGAUCUCUAAGUAUGGUUAUAUUAUGGGGCGAAAAACCUUACUACCCGACGUAGAUGAACAGGAACAAAAUUUGCCACAUUAUCACAGUGAAAAGUUGGCAAUAUCUUUUGGGCUCAUAAGUACAUCCAGUUCAACCUCACUGCAACUUGUUCAGAGCCAUAGGAUUUGUGACGAUUGCCACAAUGCAAUUAAGUUGAUAGCCAUGAUUACUAAACGAGAAAUUGUUGUUAGGGAUGCCAGCAGAUUUCAUCGAUUCAAGAAUGGCACUUGUUCUUGUGGUGACUACUGGUGAUUGAGUUCUAACCUACAUGUGAAGCCAUACUUUUCUUGAUCUGUUGUCUCUUAUCCAUGGAUCUGUGUGACUGACAUGAUUGAUUGCAAGAGGCACUACGUUAGCUCUGGAUUAUGCUAGUUAUUCAUAUAUCUUAUGUUGCUGCAUCAUUUGCUUUGGAAAAUACUCGUCUUGUUCGUUUUAGAUGGAAGAGCUAAGCAACAGACCCUGGUGGGGCAGGUGGGCGGUUGAUACCUGUUGGAAUAACCAUUUGCUGAGUAUGCUUUUCAGAUCAAUUUUCCUGUCUCAGGGAAACGCUUAUUUGGUGGUCCUAUCAGUUUCAUCCAUCUUUUUGCCUCAGAGAGCCAUGUUAACUGCUAAUUGAGGCAUUUAAUCCUGAUGAGAUGCCAUCUCUUUCUUACUUAAAUCUGCAUGGAAAUCCAUUGGACCAGAAUUCUCUUAGCGAUCUAUUGCAGCUUCUUAAAGGAUUCAGCUGCUUGCAUUCUCUGGAGGUUCCUCUUUUAACUGCUGCUGCUUUAGUGUGAGCACAUAAUGGUGUUUAUAUAAUCUAUGAAACAGGUGGAUAUUCCAGGGCCUUUAGGAGAAACCGCUGCUGAAAUUGUUGAAGCCCUGCCCAAUCUUUCUCUACUAAAUGGAGUAAACACGUCCAAAAUAUUGGAGUCCGGGAAGUCUCGGGUCAAUUCAAUGUUGCAACCACGUCUUCCUGAAUGGGCAGCUGGAGAACCUCUAGCAGAUUGUGUCAUAAAUGCUAUGUGGCUGUACUUAAUGACAUAUAGAAUUGCUGAUGAGGAAAGAUUGAUGAAACCUCUGUAUGGUAUUUAAUGGAUAAACUUGGUUCAGCUUUGCGCCAUAUUGACAAGCCAAACUUUAGAGUAUCUCCUUUGCUCUACAUGCCGGAGGGGAACUUGGCAUCAGCUGUGAGCAACUGAGCCCAAAGAUGCCGACAUUAUAUGGACAAGCAUGCAGAUAGAUGAAGAGACAAAGAAGGCAACAGGAAUAAAUGAUGAACAGUGUAUAAAUCAAUUUCCAUGAGGCUUGCCUGGUUAUGAAACAUCAUUUAGUGGAAACUAUUCAGAAGGUCAUCAUGGAUAUCAUGUUUUUUAUAUUUAGUGGUUGAGCACUUGUUCUUUAUGCAGAAUGCUGAUGCUAAAAUUAGUCCACUUAACGGGCUCAUGGAUUGGUCGAAUGGCUUCAGCCUACUUAUAAUCUUGAGACACAAAUAAGUCAACUUAUUGGAGAUUUUCACCUACGUGAAAGGGAAAAACUAGACAAUUUGUGGAUCUUGAAGCCAUGGAACAUGGCAAGAACUAUUAAUACAACAAUAACUAGCAAUUUAUCUGCUAUUAUUCGUCUCAUGGAACCCUAAAAUCCAUCAGAAGUACAUUGAGCAUCCUGCUCUAUUUCAAGGGAGAAAAUUUGAUCUCCGCUAUAUUGUCUUGGUUCGCAGUAUGAAUCCCCUGGAGAUCUUCCUUGCAGAUUUUUCUGGGCAUGUAUAUUCAUGGUGUAGGUGUUCUCUUGGGUGGUCGAGAAGUUGAAACGAGAACUGUUUUCACUAAGAUACUUUCCGUUAUGUAUAAUAAAAUGAUAUCCAAAAUUGUUUUCUCGUCUCUGGCUGGUUUUAUUUCCAUUUUUCUUUCAGGUUAGAUUGGCAAACAAUAAAUACACUUUGGAGAAACAUAGCUUUGAUCAAUAUGAGACUCAUUUCACUGUUAUGAACUACAGAGGCAGGUUGAACCAUAUGAAUACACCAGAUUUUGUAAAAGAAUUUGAGAAAGAACAUGGGGGUGAGAGUUAACUGGCUGGAUAUCCAUUCAAGGAUUAGAAGUAUGCUUAAAUUGCCUUUUGCAGCAGCAGCUGCUGUGCAUCCAGAAAUGCAUCAUAGCGAAUCUAGGGCAAUUUAUGGGGUUGAUGUCAUGCUUGAUUGCCAUUUUCAGCCUAAAUUAUUGGAGAGCCCUGACUGUACUAGGGCAGUCAAAUACGAUACUGAAGCUGUCGUUGGUGGAGGAGAAACUGUUAAGAUUUCUACCACUAUAUCUUUGGCUGUCUCUUCCUAAAUGAAACUAAUCAUGUUUCCCAAUUGUGAGUGAAACCCAGGCAUGUAGAGCUCUUUACUGUUAUUUGGAUGCCAGUGUAGAACUCUUGAGUUAAACAAGUGUAUCAAGAGAAUAAUACAAGCAAAAAGUCGUUUGUACACCAUGUAAUCUAUGGAAAAGUAGGUCUGAGUUUGGAUUUUAGAGCUUUUAGUUUAUCACACCACCAAAGAGUUAUGCAGAACUGCCUCACCGACCCUUCCCUCUUCCACAACUCUUUCGGAGUCAGAGAUGCAUCAUAUCUCCAUGGUCUAUUAGAGUUAUUUUGCUCUGUUAUUUAGGGUCUUGGAAGACUCUCCAGCGUCGUCUUCACAUUGCUAUGUUCGCUUUUUAUAUCAUCUUUGUUGGGGUUGAGAGGGUUGGAGCAUGGAGCACAACAACCUUCCCAGAUGACAAGUGAGUAUCUUUGUCGAAACUAUCAUUCUCUUCGGAAGAUCUGAAAGAACAAAUAAUUGGCUAGUCUAUUGAGAAGUAACAAGUUGCUAACCUAGCGGCUAUGUUGGUUGAACUUAUUCAUGCGUUUGGUUUUUCA